AUGGCCGGUCCCAAUGUGUUGGCGGCCACUGUGGCACUCCUGUUUCUGUUGGGCCUGCCCGCUGCAGUUGCUCAGAAUUCCUGUGGCACGGAUCAAAAUCCAUAUUGUGCGGGUGACAGUACAUUUGAGCAAAUCUGCUGUGCUUAUCCCAAUGUCUGUUACUGGCAAAAUCGGAAUGGUGAACCAGGUUGCUGCCCUGCUGGUCAAGUCUGUGAUGGCUCCUCUCCGUUCUUCCCCUCGACGCCGACCCUUCAAACAACCACAAUUCAUCCAUCUACUGUUACGAUCACACCGACUCCCACCCCGCCACCCUCGACUACUGUUACUGGUGGAGGUGUCAUCAUCGUCACCACAGUACCCAAUAGCAUCGUCACUGUCACUACCCAGCCAAACAGUGUCACAACCGUAACCACCAUCUAUAGCAACCCGUGCGGUGGUGGGGUUUGCUCGACCGUGACCUCUGGAGUGGUGGGCGUUUACUCAACUGUUACUUCAGUGGUCAGUGGAGCAUUCUCCACUGUGACUUCCGGUGCCGCCAGUGCAUUUUCCACCGUAUCAGGGAUCUUGGUUGGUCCCAACAGUGCUCCCAGACUGAACCCUGCCUCGACGUUUACGCACUUCAUGGCUACUUUGUUUGUGCUUCUGGGAAACUUGCUUGGCUAG